ACCUUCCCCUUUGCCUUUGCCUUGCACCUCCGCUCAAACCUCUUGCUUUCAACCACCAUCCGCAGCAUACUUUCGUAAUAAUUUCAGCCAGUCUAUACGACAAUCAGUCUAAUCGUCCAGCACGCAGAUUCCCUGAAAUCCAAGGCAGUGGACGCACAGCAUCACCUAAACCUCUGACUGCGUGUAUAUCGAUAUCACCAUGAUGGGCCUUUUCAGCCAGGCAGGAUCCCAUAUCCGACGGGCACGAGGCACCUCCGUGGACGACAGAGCACCAGAAGACACUGAGCCCGACGAUACAUCGGUCUUAGACGAGGAUGAAGGCUCUGUUAUUACUUCGCUGAUAUCACAGCUGAGAGUUGGCAUGGAUCUAUCCAAGGUUACCUUUCCCACAUUCGUACUUGAGCCCAGGAGUAUGCUCGAGCGUAUAACUGACUUCAUGUCUCACCCUGAUCUCGUUUUCGGUUCCGAGAAGUGUAAUGACCCCGAGGAGAGAUUCAUACGCGUUCUGCAAUACUACCUUGCUGGAUGGCAUAUCAAGCCCAAAGGGGUGAAGAAGCCGUAUAAUCCGGUCCUCGGCGAGUUCUUCAGGUGUAGGUACGACUAUUCGAAUGGAACACAGGGGUUCUAUGUUGCUGAACAAGUAUCCCAUCAUCCUCCAAUCUCUGCAUUUAUAUACAUUUCGCCCAUAAACCGAGUAUGUAUCAUCGGAGAGCUGAGACCCAAGUCCAAGUUCCUUGGUAACAGCGUUUCGACCACGAUGGAAGGCGAGAACCGCAUCAUGCUACUAGGAAGCCCCGAAGAUGGCGAAUAUGUGAUCACCAUGCCCAAUAUGUAUGCAAGAGGUAUACUUUUCGGGAAAAUGGUCCUUGAGCUUGGAGACACUUGUACCGCAAAGAAUGAGAAGCAUGGGCUAUUCUGUGACCUUGAGUUCAAGACGAAAGGCUUCUUCUCAGGAACGUACAAUGCUAUAGCAGGCCGUGUUCGAAGGCGUAACGCAGAUAUAGGAGAGGUAUCAGGGAGAUGGAGUCAUACCAUGGAAUUCAAGAGUGCAAAGAACGGUAGUAAACGUGUGCUCUUCGACGCGAUAAAAGAUGGUCAAAAUAUUGCACCCAAAUUUGUAGUUCCCGAAGAUGAGCAAGAACCAUACGAGUCACGACGACUCUGGCAAAAGCUCACGCAAGCCAUCAAUGCGAAGGAUAUGGAAGCUGCAACAGAAGCUAAGAGUGCCGUAGAGGAUGCUCAGCGUGAAUUGCGUCGGAAGAGAGAAGAAAGUGGUGAACAGUACGUGCCACGCUUCUUUGAAGUGCGUGACGGUCGUUGGCAGCCUCGACUCUGUAUACCUAAUGACCCAGAGGAGGCCACAGAUGCUGUACAGAAUUGGAUAUGGCCAUCUACUGGACAGUAGACUCCAACACUUUCUGAUUACGCAACACUUAUUCCGUACUAAUGUGAUCCCAUUGGAUUGUACAUGUAGCAACAAAUGAGGGUAUAUAUAUAUGAGCAUGAAAUCCAAUGAAAAUAGAUGCAAACUAACGAAUGUAAUGAAAACUAAACAAGAUAUGGAAAAUUGCGAGAACAAAGACAAGAAUGGGUACUAGAUUAAACACGAAUUAGUGCUACGCGUACCACCAACCAUCAUCGCCUUGCGUUGGUGUGAUUGAGACGGUGCUGGGUGUAGGUGAAGCUAAUGGAGAACGGUAAUAACUUUGUGGACGUGGCGCCACUGGCCCAAGAUUAGGAUAACGUUUCGGUGCAUGCAUAGAAUCCCAGACAGAAGAUUGAGGUGGAGUGUCGCUGCGUGUAAAUUGCGAACCAUUUAUUCGGCCUAAUGGUGUACUAGCGCGACCUUCACUAAAGAUAGUACUAGCGCGCGAAUCGGGUCGUGGAGGUGAUUGCACAUUGGUAGUAUCGGGCUUUCGAUGUUCCCCUUUAGACUGGGCGGAUAUCAUGUUGGAGUGUUGCACCUCUACUUGUAGCUGUGCGACACGAGACUCGAGGACAGCCAAUUGAUCUCGAAGCUUAUUUUCACGAUCCUUGCUUAAACGUUCUUCUGCGUCUUUUUCUUCCAACUGAAGCUUAGCCAAUGAGAAGUCGGCAUCUAGCUGUACAUGAGUCUGCUCCACAUGGUCCAACUUGCUUCGCAUUGCCUCUAGCUCCUCUUCAUAUUCUUUAGCUCGCUUUUCCCACUCCGAGGAGCGCUGUUGAGCUUGGACUAAGCUUUGACGCGCAGCAUUGGCUGCUCGCUCGCUAUUUGUUGCUUUGUUCUCUUGAUCUCUGAACCGCUUUUGAAGAGCUGCGUGAUCGACUUCGAGGGCUUUACUUCGGUCUCGACUUCGCCUCAACUCACUUAAUUCUUCGUUAUCAGCUUGUCCGAUGAGAGUAGUAAGUGUUUGAAUCUGUUCCGAUGCACGAUGGAGAUCGUCCCAGUGGCUUUGUUGCGACGAAAGGCGUUCAUGUUCCUUCUGUAGGGUUGUCAGAGCCUCGUUUGUAGCAUUUUUCUCGUUUGACAGGAGUUUAAUAUGAUUAUCAAGCAACUCCACUUUAGUUAUUAAGCUUUGC